UGCGGAUUGGGGUCGAGCAGUGGAGACGGAAACCGGCUCAAUUAACGGCGUUUGCGGAGCGUCUUUCUGGAAGGACAACCCGAGUUAAAGCAGCAACUUUGUGUUCCGGUGGAGAAAAAAAAGGGCGCUGAGCGGAGAUGUCUGAAGGAAGCUCCGGGGACCCCGGCUCUGCUGGGGGUGUGCGCCCCGCUGCCCCGGGGGGGAGGGGGCUGGUGGGCAGAAGAGCUCCCAUCACCCCCGGCCGCCUGCCUGCCAUCCGAUCACGAGACCUCACCCUGGGGGGAGUGAAGAAGAAAACCUUCACUCCGAAUAUCAUCAGCAGGAAAGCCAGAGAGGAACAGGCCGAGGUCGCCUCUAAGAAGAAGGAGAGAGAGGGGGAGCAGAGGCCCCAGGAUGGGAGAGGCAGGGGCAGAGGGAGGGGCCGCGGGCGUCCGGAGGUCAUCCAGUCCCACUCCAUCUUCGAGCAGGGCCCCUCCGAAGGCACCGUGAAGAAGAGGGGCGGCUGCUAUGACGGUGCGAUGGAUGCUCCCAGCAUGGGCCCCUCCCCCAUCAUCAACAUCAAGAAGGAGAAGAGAGAGACGGAGGAGGAGACCAAGCAGAUCCUGCGCAUGUUGGAGAGAGACAACGACACCCUGCUGGCGGAGAACACCUGCUCCCUGAUGAACCUGGCCGAGGGGCAGGUGGGGAAGCUGCUGGUCAGGAAGUCCGGCCGCGUUCAGCUCGUCCUGGGCAAAGUGAAGCUGGACAAAUCUUAACAAGAUCACUCCUCUUUGAAGUGCAAACAGUGAUCCCUCGAUUAUUCCUCUCAUUUGGGUUAACGGUUCACAGUAAAUUGUCCUGAGCUGGUAUCGGUGGGCACUGGGGACGGCAGGACAGGGGAUCUGACAGUGCUGGGGCACAUCAAACACAAGCUGGUCUGCUCUCCAGACUUUGAGUCUCUGCUGGAGCACAGGCAGUGAGGGGAGGGUGGAGGCACUGGGGCUGCUCUGCCCACCCCCCACGCUUUCGAGCCCCCCGACUCUGCCCUGCACUCGGAACACGUGACCCCCUGAGAGGGGGCAGCACUGCGUGCUCCGCGAAAUCCGCAUUCCCAAAGAAACUGCAAUUCCAGCGUUUGGCCACCGAGCGGCGCUGUGCUACACAGUGAAUUCACAGUCGCAACUGAAAACGGAGGGGAAUGAGAAAGCAAGAGCGAUUGUGGCGGAUUUGGGCCGUCGUGCUGAGCUGUACAUUUUUGAGGUGUGUUAAUAUUCACAAUAGAUAUAUGAUAGAUUAAAUUGUUGAGCAGAGUUCUCUCUCGUUUAAUCUUUUGUUUGAAUUGCUGGGAAUGGUCUGUGUUCUUGGGAGCACAUUAUUAUUAUUAUUAUUAUUAUUAUAUUUAAUUUUUUUUAACAGAUGUAUUUUCUGUCUUGGUAAGGUGGGGUGUCUAAUGUUUUCAGAACACUUCAGUCGGACAGAACCUUCUAAAUAACAGGUGUGUUAAUGUGUGCCGCUCAAGUCACAAUCGUAUUGUAAACAGAGGUGGACAAUUGAUUUGAGUGGCUCUUGUAAUGCUGAGGUGUGCUUGUGCUGGAGUACCAUUCAGCACAGCAGCAUGCAGCUGUGUGGAGCCCUCGCUCUCACCGAGGACGUGGGCAGACUCGCUGUACAGCCACCCUGUGUGACUGGGGGAGGGGGCAGUGUUGUGUGAAGACCCUCCUGUCAGCGAGAGAUCAGGAUGAAAAUUCUGUAACCUGCUCUCUUACAAACACGACCCACAAAACUCAAUUUUUCAUUUCUUUAUUAAUGUUUGUAAAUUUAUUUCAGCUGGUGUACAGGGAAAAAAAAAAGAUCUAUACAUACCUUCAUUUCAGAUUGAAUCUGAUUGUUAAAAGGCUCACAUGUAUUUAUGUAUUUCCAUAACAAUAAAAAAACAGAAAAUUCAAAUACCUACAAAGCGUCUAUAUGACUGAUCCCUGCGUGUGGAUCGCUAAAUCGCUAGGUACAGCCUUAACAUAGCUCUAGUCCUGGAUAGCAUGAAACAGUGCAUGGCAUUCUAAUUAAAUAGAUUUUAUAUAUUUAUAUUUAUAUAUAUAUAUAUAUUAAAAAUGUAUUUUUAUCUGUGCAUGGGCGCAGAUGCAUUCAUAAGUAUAGAGUAAUAUGCUUUUGCGAUUUAAUAUAACGUCAAACCAUUCUACAGGAGUACAUUGUUCUCUAAUUUUUGCAACAGGUAAUAUUUUUGCGUGUACUUGCUUUUGUCAGACAGGAGCCCUCUACCCCCUCUAAUCCCUCACUGCAGUGCAAUUCCAACUCCAAAGUUACUGAAGACAGCACCCCACUCCCCUCGUAUUCUGAUAUGACGUGUUGAAGUUGGCGCCGGGCUGGCAAGCAUUACCCCCCCCACCUCUCCGCUCCGCUGUGAGAAACGCUAUGAUUGCAUAUUGCCUGCUCCGCAAAAACGCAGAAACGGCGCUCUUAAAAUAAAUGAAUAAAAGAUUGCUUGUGCUUGUAUGGCAAACCAGAGUGUCGCUCAGAACCAUCCUAACCUCCCCCCGCUCUCGGUCCACUCUACCGACCACAUUUAAAACUAUUCUGAUUCAUUUUGCACGCCUGCCCGGCUGGCUAGUUCUGAUUCAUUUUGCACGCCUGCCCGGCUGGCUAGUUCUGAUUCAUUUUGCACGCCUGCCCGGCUGGCUAGUUCUGAUUCAUUUUGCACGCCUGCCCGGCUGGCUAGUUCUGAUUCAUUUUGCACGCCUGCCCGGCUGGCUAGUUCUGAUUCAUUUUGCACGCCUGCCCGGCUGGCUAGUUCUGAUUCAUUUUGCACGCCUGCCCAGGAGGCUAGUUGUUUUGUGUUUUGUAGAGGUUGUGAAGGGAGAAAGCGUUGCAUGUUCUAAAUGGAGGGGUGCAUCGUUCUGGGUAGCACGACAGUGAAUGAUGCGACACGCACACACACCUUCAGCUAACUUUUUGCUUUCGUCACCCGCCAGACUGACAGUCCAGUUUGCCAUACACUGCUGACGAAGCCUGUUCCUUUACAUGAAAAGGCUUGUGGAACUGUGAGAAAUGGAGUCCAAUGUGCUUGAGGUCCAGGGAACCCUGGGAGUUGGAGUCACCUUGCUGCUUUUCUUGUGUGUGUGUGUGUCCCUCUCUUACAGUGAUGCUCACUGGCACAGCCUCUACUCUCUCUCUGUCUCUCUAGAAAGGAGCUCUGUAUGAAGGAGCCCUGUCUGUCUUGCACUAAUGGAAGCUCAAGGAAGAAAGUGCAGGGGUUACCCGAGUUUAUUGCUGCAGCUGGCGAGCUAGACAGAGCAGUGUGUUUGUGAUGUCAACCUGAUGAAGGGCCAAAGAAUGGCUUUGAAUCCCACAGAGCGCCGUCCCCCCUCCUUCCCCCCAGAGCCUGGGACCCCCUGAAGACCCCCCCAGAUAAGGGGCCGACGCUGGGGCCUGAUUCACAGUAAAGGGGUCAAAGUUAGCCAUGGUCACAGUGCUUGGGUUGCUGUUUUCAGCAAAGGGCCCCCGAGUCUGUCCAGACCGCGUUGCAACGCCCCCACCUAGAGGUGAAAGGGGUCGCUGCGAGCCAGCCGGCAGAGAUAUGGUAGGCUUGAGCACACUAUGUAGAAAUGAGAGACUCUCCACAGAUGAAUACAGAAAUGUGCUUUGCUUUACUGAUCCCACGCAUUCUUUCCUGAAAAAAGCCUUGCAUAACAACAUAGUCUAUCGGCGUUGACCUCCUCUUACGCUCCAGUGCAGCGCAGUCCCAAGACAGCGGUGUAGCAUGAUAUGUUUUGUAUUGUGACAUCAUCAUUCCACCAGCAUCUGCAUAACAGCCACAGUCUACAGAGAAGUGGCCUCUUGACUGGCGGUUUGGGGUUUGGGGGGAGGGUUUACGUGUAUACAAGCAAGCAGCUGCCUCAAGCUAGCUUGCGUACCUUCGAAAAACGCAGGCGCCCCCCAGUCCUGCACCAUUGCAAUGGGGUGAUUUUAAAGAGAGCUAUAGAUUGUGUGAAGAGAAACUUGCUAUUUGAUAAAUGCCCACCAGACAGCACUGGUGUGAAGCAUGCUGUCAGCGCAGGUUUGCCGGUGAGCUGUAUUGCUGAUGAGAGAUGAGGGACCGAUGGCCCUGCAGGUUAAAGGGCUCCACCACUGCAGUUGGGUCCUGGGUUGAGCAGAUUUGCCUAAACUGGAUCUGAAGUGGGGCUUGCAGAGGUGAAGGGCUGGGGUCUUUAACUCGCUGAGCCCCACAGAGCUGAAAUAUCCUCCUGGAGCUGCCGGCUGUCUGUCUCCCAGGCUUAAAGCCGCGCAGGAAACCAAAGACAUGGCGCGGAGCCCUGUAGUGGAGAUGAAGGAGCGGGCUGCUGUUUGCAGGAUGCAUCUCGACAAGGGCUUCGCAAAGACUCCCCUCCCCUCCCCAUCUGCAGAGUUUUAACCAAGUAAUGCCCCAUGAACACCAUGCAGUGAACUCCCUGCUUGUGACCUCUCUCUGUCACAUUCCUCCCCAAACGAUCUCUCUGCAAACCCCAGCCCUCUGCUUUACUCACCCAUCUGAUGGUGGCAAUAAUUCCGCUCCUAUUGAGACCUAUAUAUAUAUAUUCUGAUUGUGAAACCAGUUAGCUUCGCACUGGUGCAACAGGGGGAAUUACUGGAUUAAAACCUCCUACCCCCUUUGAAUCAGGAGGACUCCCCCCCACCCCCCACCCUCGGGCAUUAGGGUAGUCACAGGGCAUGCUUUGGCAUGCUGAUAAAGAUAACAGGAAUCUCUCUGUUUUAAAAAAUCAUGCCUCUAGCCUAAUUUUUUUUUU